CUAAACAGGAAGUGAAAUUUUGACCCACUUUCAGGAAAUGAAAAUAAAUUAGCAAAAAUGUCAGAAUUACUCCAACUUAUAGAACAAGAAAUUCCUGAAGGUCGCCAAAACCUUCAGGAAAAUUUCAAUAACUUAGAGAAAGUUGCCCAGUAUUGUCAGGAAAACUAUGUACAGGCGAAAGAUAAGAAAAAAGCUCUGGAGGAAACGAAGAACUUUACAACACAUUCGUUAGCAAGUGUAGCCUACCAAAUAAACAAUUUAGCUACCAAUUUCCUUAAACUUCUAGACCUUCAACAGAACCAGCUUGCAGAAAUGGAAUCCAAUGUUAAUCAUUUAGCACAGACUGUGAAUAUACACAAAGAGAAGGUGGCUAGAAGAGAGAUUGGUGUGCUGACAACUAACAGGACUACAACACGACCACUUGGCGUGAAAAAUGGUAUAAUCUUUCCGGAACAUGGUGAACGACCAACAAAAUACCAGAGAAAAAAUAUUGACUACACACUGCUUGAUGAUGUAGGGCAUGGUGUCAAGCUUCCAGAAACUCCGGAUAUUUAUAUGAGGACCAGUCAACCUGCACAGUCUGCAGCAUCACAAAGCCGCAGUUCUUCCAUCAGUAGCGGUUCAUCUCAGGCUCCAACCCAGCAGCCGCCGACACCUCCACAACUGAGAGGCAGUCAGCACGGCAGUAUUGGUAAAGCCAGCGGGCAACAAAUUGCUGCUGGAAAUUACAGAACUCCUGCACCCGUGGUUGCUCCGCCUACAGUACCGGGCGGUCCAGGAGGUUAUGCCUCGAGGGAACAACUACAGCGGGGUUCGCCGUACAUGCCAAGUGUGGUGAUGGGUCAAGCAAAAAUGCCGUCGGCUAUGAUGAACCAAGGCGGCAUGGGUGGUCCGCCUCCUCCGCUAGGGGUGGCCAGACCCAUGUCUCAGCAGGGUGGAGCUAUGCCUCCACCUCCUCCUCCCCCAGGAAUGAUGCCAGGAGACAGAGCAUCUCAGCUGAAGAGACAAACUUCCAUUGAAAAUCUCCCGCCGCCACCACCAGACGACGACACCCCGCUCCGUGAGAGUCAACAAAUAAGCUUUGAUGAAGGGUCUCCGCCCCCGCCUCCACCCCCACAGUUUGUUGACGAGGAGGAACCAAUGCCACUUGAAGAGGACCCCUAUGCAGCUACAGGACCAGAAAUGUUCACAGUUGUUGUUCCUGACACUUACUUAGAGAAAGUGAUCGCAAUUUAUGAUUAUGCAGCAGACAAGGAAGAUGAAUUAACAUUUACAGAAAAUUCGGUGAUAUAUGUUCUGAAGAAAAAUGACGACGGCUGGUAUGAGGGAGUAUUGAACGGACAAACGGGACUUUUUCCAGGAAAUUAUGUUGAACCAUGUAUAUAAGGUGUGGCUGACCAUUUUUGGAAUGAAAAAUGUUUAAAUGUGUUUUGACACUUCUAUAAAUUUUACAUGGUAAUAAUUAAAUUGAAACAGUGGCGUCUCAACUUAAUGAAGAGAAUGUCACCAAAGACAGUAAAGAAACCACAUUUUAAGUGAAUUAAAGGAGAAUCAGUAAUACAGAUUCUAAAUAUCUCAUGUUACAACACCAAGCUUACUGCAUGGAAUGUAUGGUUAAAAAGUUAGGGUAAGAGGUAGAAGUUUAAAAUACUUUGCUGCUGAAACAAAUGAAGAAUGUUUAUUUAUGGUCGCCACUGGCAACCAGUAACUGCAACUCCUCCAGAACACUGCUCGUACUCUUUGGAUGGGGGAUAGUGCGAGAUACUGAAGAUGCUCAGUUCCAGAAGCUUCACUGUAUCUUACUGUGCAAGAUGUGAAGCAUUAACCCUUACACCGCUAAAUUUCUAUAAUGAACUUGGCCAUCAUUCAAUUUGGACAGUACCAUUAACUGUUAAAAGGGGUGCUUACCAAAAAGAUACUGACUUAAUGGCGAACAGUGCAGAUCAUGAUCAGACUGCAUGGAUGUGCAGGCUGAUCAUGAUAUACACAGGUUGGAAAGGCAGAAUCAAUCGUGCCAGCAUGGUAAGGGUUAAUGCACAGGACGCUUAUCCCAAUGUUAGUAAUUUUAGUUGAAGGAGCAUGGAACAAACUCAUGUCCCAUCAUUUUGUAGUCCCAAGUCUUGGACCACUGUGUUCUGCCUUAAAUAAAAAAUUUCUUGGGCUUAUGUUAUAAUGUUUAGUUUUAAGACAGUCUCUGAUUGGUUGAUUCUAAAUUUGAUAUUAAAAUUAACCAACGGUAAGAUUGCUUACUGGGACUGGACUCUAUUUAUUCACACGGGAGUCUGGACAAAGUGUAAUAGAAGAAUUUGUUAGAUACAUUGUAUUUUGAUUGCUUUUGGUAUAAAAAUGAUUUAAGUGUUUGUUAAGAAUAUCAUUGAUAUUACUGAAUUAUUUUAGCUCCACUAUUCGGAGAAUAGGGGGGCUAUUCUGCUCACCCCAGCAUCGGCAUGACCUUUCUUGGUUAAAGUUUUUCGGCAACCUUUGUUUUUCUGUCAUAUCUUUGUUACUAUUGCUUCUAUCUUACUGUAACUUCACAUAAACAUUGUCCAGUAUACAAACAAAGUAUGUGUAGGGGCUGAGCCCAUUAUACCCAAGUUCAAGGUAACCAAGGUGUUAUACUUGGGUUAUUUUUAAGGUAAAAGUUAUUCGGCAACCUUUGUUUUUCUGUCAUAUCUUUGUUACUAUUGCUUAUAUCUUACUGUAAGUUCACAUAAACAUUUUCAAGCAUACAAACAAAGUAUGUGCAGGGGCUCGGCCCAUUAUACCCAAGGUCAAGGUCACAAAGCUUUGUUUAUAGACAUAUCUUUGGUACUUCAAAAGAUAAUGACUUAAAAUGAAAAAUAUUUCUUUAUAAUCGUCAUCUACAUGUAUGGUUACAAACCCCAUAACUCUAAUUGUAUUUUUGACAGAAUUAUGCCCCUUUUGUACUUUAAGUUUUUUUGCAACCUUCGCUUUCUGGAUAUAACUUUAAUACAAUAUAAGAUAAAGACUUGAAACUUAAAAUGUAUCUUUAUCAUCAUCAUCUGCAUGUGUGGUAACAAUCCCCAUAACUGAUUUGUAUUUUUGACCAAAUUAUGCCCCUUUCACACUUAAAUUUUUUAACAAACUUUGUUUUCUGGACAUAGCUUUGUUAUUAUAUAAGAUAAUGACUUGAAACUCAAAAUAUAUCUUUACCAUCAUCAUCUGCAUGUGUGGUAACAAUCCCAAUAACUCUAAUUUGUGUUCUUGACAGAAUUAUGCCCCUUGGUGUAUCUUCCUUUUAAAGUGAGGUCUCUUAUUGAGACAUAUAUUCAUUUUACUGUCAAAUCCCCGAAUAGUGGAGCGCGCUGUCUUAUGGACAGCUCUUGCUUAGGAAUGAAAGCAGUGUCAAAGCUGCACGAGCAUUUGAAUUAAAAAUUUGUUGGCAGAUAUGCAUGGUUUUUACUAACAUAGAAUAGAUGCAGUGGUGGUUCUGUUUGUCUUUUCUAAAUAUUUGUUUAAGUGUAUCUUUAUGUUUUGCUGCCAUGUAAAUUGGGAUAUACUUGUAGAUUAUUAUUUAAAUAUAAAGCCAAAAUGUAUCCAGUUAUGUUUGUAAACAUUUAAAAUUUGAAUUAUGUUAAAUUGAACUGUUCAAAAGUCACACAAAUAGACUGAACAACUUCUUUAUGACUGUUAAUUGAAUAAUGUUAAUGACGUAACAUUGUCUAUUUUAAUGACCUAGAAUGAAUGUACUUUGUCAAUAAGGGCAUUAACCCGCCCGCUUAGCUCAGUAGGGAGAGCGUUGGUCUACAGAUCGCAGGGUCGCGAGUUCGAUCCCAGGGCUGGGCGGAUGUUCUCCGUGACGAUUUGAUAGAAGACAUUGUGUCUAACAUCAUUUGUCCGCCACCUCUGGUAAUUCAUGUGGAGAAGUUGGCAGUUACUUGUGGAGAACAGGUUUGUACUGGUACAGAAUCCAGGAACACUGGUUAGGUUAACUGCCCGCCGUUACAUAACUGAAAUACUGUUGAAAAACGGCUUUAAACCCAAAACAAACAAACAAACAAUAAGGGCAUUCAGGAUUGUCUAUUUAUGAGAAAUUUGUUAACGUUCAGGCAGAUUUACUGAUAUAAUAUAGCUUGGAAAUUUAUCAUUCUGUACAUUUUGGGUGUAUUAGAAUCGUAGCUGUUAAAUUUGCAUAAAAGCUAGCUUACUAUUUAGAUUGUUAACUUUUUUUUUAUCAAACAGUUCAAAUUCUUUUAAUAUAUCUCAUGAGGUAUAUUAUUUUAAUUCCAACUAAUUUUUGAAUUGUUAAUGACAUCCACAAAAAAAAAUUGCCUGAUUUUGCUUCAACUGAGCACAGAGUGCUUAAGGGGAGCUCUUGUGGUACCUGUGUCUGUUGUCUGCUAUUGUUGAGGUUGCCGACCAAUAACCUUUCAUGUGGUGUAGAAUUCUUCAGUUGCGGGAACCAUUCAGUCGGCUUACAGAAGGUCGGUAGUUCUAUCCAGUUGUCCACCUGUGAUGAAAUAAUGCCUGGAGGGGUGCCUGGGCUCUUCCACAACCAUUAAAAGCUGGGAAAAGUCCCCAUAUGACAUUAGUUGUGUCGGUUGAUUUUAAAGCAACAAAAACUAAACAAACAUUGUAAAUAAUUAUACAUGUACUGGUAAAACUACAGAUCACAAUGUUUGCUCAAUCCAAGGAAACUUUGUCAGAAUGUUUCCCUUAAUAAUAUCAUACAGUUUCAAUGCUUAGUUAUCUGGGGUUAGAAAAGAUGUAACUUUAAUAACAUAUUUUAGGCCAUAUUUUUUACCUAAUCUUCAUUGAUAAAACUAUCAGAAUAUUUUCCUCAAUGAAGUCUAGGUCAAGUUUAAAACUUGGUUCUUUAAAUUGAAAAACUAGGUCAUGCAAACACCUUGUUAACACUAAAGGCCACCUCUUGUAACUGAUCUUCAUAAAACUUUGUCAGAAUGUUUGUCUCUGUUACAUCUAGGCAAAGUUCAGAAUUUGGUUAACCAGAGUCUUAUACUAAAUCUGUAGGUCAGAUCAUAAAAAAGCAUGUUCCACAUUUUCCACUUGAUCAUAAAACUUGGUUGUCUUUAUGAAAUGUAGGUCAAGUUUGAAACAGGAUUGUCUGACAUCAAAAACAUAGUCAGAGGUCAAAUCAUAGAAAAAGCUUGUUAUCACUCGAGAGGUGCAUUCUCUACCUGGUCUUAAGAUACUUGUUUAAAAUGUAGGAUAAACUGGGUGACCCUUUGAUCAAAAACUAGGUCAAAUCACUGAAAUACUUCAAUAAUGAUUUUCCAGAUUUAAGUAUAACAUGGUCAGAGUGUUUGUUUUAAUGAAAUCAAGGUCAAAUUAGAUACUAAGUUAUCAGGGGCCUCUGUGACUGAGUGGUUAAAGUAUAUUACUUCAGAUCACUUGCCCGUUACCGAUGUGGGUUCUAGCCUUGCUCGGGGUGUUGAAUCUUCAUGUGAGGAAGCCAUCCAGCUGGCUUUUGGAAGGUCUGUUGUUGUUCUAUCCAGGUACCCGCCUAUGGUGAAAUUGUGCAUGGAGGGGUGCCUGGGGUCUAUAAUUGUGUCAGUGUGGUGUUGACCCAACAAAAACAAAAAAAAGUUAUCGAGGGUGAAACUAAAUCUGGUGAUACAUACUUCUUUGUUCUGUAAGAAAACAAAUCAGGUCAUGUUUGAUAUAUGUUAACAAAUGUAAAUUGUCAGAAUGAAGAUUUUAUAUGGAAUAUUUCUAUGUAAUCAAACCAGGCCAGUUCUAAGGACAAAGCAAAUACAGAAUGUAGACUUUAAUUCCCUAUAUGCUGCUUUAAUAGCUGUUCUGCUUUACACAGUAGUUUGGCUUUUUUGAUAGGGCUAGUAAAAAUCAUUCAGGGUGAUAAUAUUUUUGGAAAAACAGAUCUGGUGUUGGUAGAAAUAUGUUGCUAAUUAUUAGGUAUACCCAGGAUAAUAACGUUUUUAUUUUUGCUGUGCUAAGUAUGAAUUUGAUCUGACUUUUCAUAGUUCUCCACUUUAUACUAGUAAGUUAGUAACUUAACAUAUGACGCAAGUUGGACAUAUGUUAUUCAGGAAUAAACUUGGUGAAAUAGUUUUAUAUGUAUAAGAUGUGUAUGUCUUCCAGUGUAUAGAUGUUGAUCUUGCCUGAUUAUUCAAAUAUGUUUGCACAGUUCAUACUGUACCAUUAGAAAAAUCUACCUGCCUACUCUUAGGCCUAGGAUUUUUUCAGGACAUGUCCUGAUUUCAGGCUUUUUACUGUCAGAAUUUCCAUGUACCGGGGUAUAUCUCACUCCAGAAGGACAUUUCAUACUUAAGAAAGUAGAUUUUCAGGUUUCUCGUUUGUUGCAGAAUUCCAGGCCUGUAUUGUACUGCAAGUCAAUACUGAAGGCCUUUGGGGGCAUAAACUAAUUAGUGCUAAACCAGAGACUGAGGUAGUUGACUUUCUGUUUUCGUGACUUUCUAUUGUUCUAUAUUUUUUACAGAUAGUGGUAUUAGUGUUGAGCCUGUAAAAAUCUGUUCAGGCUGGUAAUCUGUUCUAGUCCAGAUCAGUUUCUUUACAGGAGUCUGAAAUUAUAUCAUUUAGACUCCAGAACUCUAUCUUUAAAAAGUAUAUCCUCUUUAUGAGUAUUUGUUUUUAAAGAUAGCCUUCUGGAGUCUUACUGAUAGAAUUUCAGACUCCUGUGGUUUCUUACACAGAAAGCUGUUGUCGCCAGCUGUAAAGAUUUUUUUCUACACAACUUUACUAUAAUCGUUUAUACAAAGUUUUAACAUCACUGAUAGAAUUUUAUUUAUUGUUGCCAUUGAAUAAAGUAUCAGUUAAUUAAAAAAAACCAUCAAAACUGUUAAAAUUCCUGCUGCACAUGAUUUAUACUUAAAUGUAUUUCAAGUAUAUUUUAGUACCAUAUUUACGUAGGUUACUCUAGAACUUUGGUAAAUUAUGUACUGAAGGUAAAAUCCUUUAAAAGUCCUUGGAAUUACAAAUAUAUUUAUAUCCUUUUGUACCUCAAACUAUAUAGAUAUGCUAAAAAUUUAUUAUGUCUCCCACCACACAGUGGUGUGGGAGACAUAUUGAUUUACUCCUUCUGUGUGUCUAUCACAAAUCUUGUCCGCACUCUAUGUCGAACAUUUCUCAUCCGAUCUUCACCAAACUUGAACAAAAUGUGUUUGCCAAUAUCCUCGCCCAAGUUCGAUAACUAGCCAGAUCGGCCCAGGCACUUUUGAAUUACGGAACCACUCACCCAAACCACUUUCAGUCACUAUAGCAACCACUUGACCAAACCACUUUGAAUCACUAAAUGAUUAGGCAGUUGUGGGAGACAUGCGCUUUUCUCAAAAGCAGCUCUAGUUAUAUAAAAAAACUAACCCAGUCUACUGUAUAGAUGUUACCAAUGAGUAUGCCAGAUACCAGUCUACAAUAUGAAGUUUAACAAUAUUUAACAAUGCUUUGUAUAUAUGCUGUACUGUACAUUAGACAUGUAAAUUAAUUCAUAAUGUAUUCAAGCAUUUAACAUGCAUAUAUUUUAUUUUAUGUUGUAUUUUUAUGAGAACUUUAUACUGUUGGAGGACAGAAUUAAAAUGUGCAAUUUUGAUGAAAA